AUGAUGGACGCGAAGAACAAGGUGCCUGAGCUCCAGCGCGUGUAUCAGGCAGCAUACCGCAACCACACCCGGAUUUGGAGGAUCAGCCCUCGCAGCCGCAUGAUGCUUAUCCCCUUCAACAUCGUCCUGUAUGGAUCUCUUGCAGCCAACAUGUACGCGAUGGGCCGCAAAAUCCUGGGGUACAAUACCUGGUUCAGCAAAGAUUAA